UUAGGUGCAAUCUACGAAGGUGUUAACCUUAUUACUGGAAAGGAAGUAGCUGUUAAAAUUGAGCCUAGAGACUGUCCGAAGCAAUUACUCAAUAUGGAAGUAACAGUAAUGAAGAAUCUUCUUGGAACAAGUCAUUGUUGCGAAUACUUUGGUUGCGGAAGAACUCCAACCUAUAGUUUUUUGGUAAUGACACUGCAAGGCAAUAACUUGGCUCAGCUACGCCGUGAACUACCAAGAGGGAUAUUUUCCGUUAGUACAACAUUACGCUUAACACUGCAAUUAAUAGAAAGUAUUCAAACAAUUCAUGAACGUGGCUUUCUCCAUCGUGAUAUAAAACCGUCUAAUUUCGCUAUGGGAAAAUCACAGGAAAAGGAUAAGACGUGUUAUAUGCUUGAUUUUGGAUUAGCUCGACAAUAUGUUACAAGUAAAGGAGAACUAAGGAGGCCGAGGUCCUCAGCAGGAUUUAGAGGAACUGUUCGAUACGCAUCUAUCAACGCUCAUCAUUCAAAGGAGCUGGGUAGACAUGAUGAUCUGUGGUCCUUAUUUUACAUGAUAGUCGAAUUCAGGCUUGGCUACUUACCUUGGCGAAAGAUUCGUUCUAAAGAUGAAGUCACCGAAAUGAAAGAAAAUUAUGAUCAUAAGCAAUUUUUAAGAUAUCUUCCACAGGAAUUUGAAGAGUUUUAUCAGCAUUUAACUACACUAACAUAUUACGAUAGACCAAAUUAUGAAUUGUUAAAGUCUUUAGUUCAAAAGGCUAUGGCAAGAAAAGACAUUAAACUUACUGAAUCUUUCGAUUGGGAAGUAUCUUCCAAUACCUUAACGACUAAAUCAAUGCAAAUGAAAGACCGUUCUGAACAUUCAUUCCUAUGGUAA